GGGACGUGCCCGGACGUCAAUCAAGAGCCUAAUUAUGGACACCAGUCCACCGUAAUCUGCGGGAGCGAGCAGAUGUUCCAGCCAACACGACCAUUGUACUAGUUCAGCUCAAAUAAAAGGAGUUGGCCGCUGUGCUCCUCGUCCGAAACGACGGCGGGGAGUCCAAGUCGAAGGCGCGAAGUAGCUUUUAAGAGCCUUAUAAGGUGGUGAUUGGAUAAUGAUGGGAUCAUUUACCCUAACCCACCCUUUUCCACCACUGGUGCACAUCCCACUUGUGGACGUUCGCUCCGUUCUACUAUGGGUGGUACUUGUCCGAUGAGCUUUCACACCAGAACCCUACUUCGCUUCGCCUAAACCACCUUGUUUACUACGAGAUGAGCGCUUCGAGCAAUGUGCCAACGAAGACCUGUCAUGCUCUCCAUUUCUACGCAUACAAGUGUAGCCUCUCCACUGUCGGUGUCAUACUAUCUAUCGAAUCCUCUACGCCGCCCUCGCACCUCACACCAUCCCUCUUAGUCUGCAACAACGCAAGGACCUCGUCCAUCACUGUGUCUCUCGCCCUUCUCGUCCUUCCCUCCGCCUCUACCAGAUCAAUCUUCAACGCCGCAACCAUCAACUCAAGCCGCCUGAUUCCCGCCUCCAGCUCCACCUCUCUCUCCCUUCCCAGCCGGAUUCUGACAUCCCUCUCAUUCUCCCGCUUCUGAGCUGCCUCAAGCCGUUCCUCAAGAUCGAUGCGAUGCAUACGUUCUGCGGCGCGGGCAAUUUCUGUCUCGACUCGGCGGGUCUCGGAGAUCUGGGCGAUGGAUUGGACGUUUGAGAGCCAAGCUGUGUAGCUUGUAGCAUCUUCGGUGUCGGCAGCCGGGAUACACAACAAGCCGGACACCGCGUCAACCACUUCCUUGGCGCUCACUACGGAUGGUGGUGGUUCUCUAGGCCCGCAUGCGACGUUCGGCUGCUCUAGGAUUGUUUCGGUACUAUCAUGUACGUGAGGUAUCUUCUGGGGUCGUAUCAGACUGGAAGGGAUGGAUUAUACGGAAGAGGGUGCUCACCACCCAUGUACUGUCAAGAUGAUCGCAAGCCGCAUCGUCUUUACUUGUCCCCUCGGCCGCAAAUAUCGAUACGUCGAGUCCGACAUGCUGCAAGUUGCUCUCAAACAACAAAAGAGUGGGAAUUUCUUUGACCGCCAGCGCCUCGUGUAGAUGGUGCACCACAAACCCCACGAACUGGUGCCCCCUCCGCUCUGCAUCCCCACCAGCAUCCAGUGAAUCGGCUACGCCGAAGCACACCUGGGCAUAGAGGGACGAAUGCAUCGGCUGGGUACCGGCCAUGCCGACAAUCCGAUGGGCCACGUGGCUCGCCGCCGCCACCGCCUCCUCAGGGAAUGAUUCUUCGCCAAACGCAAGAAGGGAUACGAUCUUCGUACAGGUUCCGGUGAUGUUCGAUGGCACGAGCUUGUUCAGCAGGCCUGUGAGUUUCCGGUCCGAAGAGGCGGUGAGGAAAGGCGCGGAGUUUGUGGGGAAGGGGAUUGACAUCUUUGCAAAUGGGGAGAGGCGCGAGGAAGGGAGAAAGAACUAUUUUAUGAAUGCAUGUCGCAUUGAAACCAUGAGGUGGGGCUGAUUCAUCGUCGCCGUGAGGCGCCAGAUAAUCUUAUCUAAAAGUGAGACUCGUACAAGCACACCAUAAUACAAGGCUUGUGCUUGCUUCUUCGUAUAUUUAGACAGAAACCCGUGCCAGGCUCCAGUAAGAUUUCCUGCGCUAGGUCAUUUGCUUGUCUCUCCUUGUCUCUCUGGGGAACGGAUAUGUCACAUACAUGGAGAGCAUGGACCAGAAGCGUGUCACGGCUCCGAGUCCAUGGGACUUUUCCCAGACAAGAAUCGACAUCUUUGCGGUGCAACGAAAGUGACCGGAAAAGACCUGUUUCCUCCGUUGUUCUCCGACCCUCCGGAACUGAAGCACAGAAGCCGCAUGCAUCUUCAACUCGCCUCACCUGAUACUUACACUGCGUGGCACAAGAGGUCGAGGGUCUCACGAUCGGGUACUGGACGCCGACCCACAGCUUGCUUUCGAUUCCAAGCGACGUCGUCGGCCAUGUAUCAGCCAGAAAGCGACAUCCGAUGGGUCAUAAGAUCCGGUACUUCCAACUCGCAUGAAUAUUCAACGACUGGCCUGUGAAUGUCCUUCCGUCACAGGAAGGUCUCCGAGUCACGUGUGGCUCGACGUGCUGCUCAGAAGAUCGUUGAGAAUCCUCUCUUGGCGAGGACUCGUGACCAUGAUGCGUGAUGUUCCAACCGCUCGUCAGAACGGGCGACUGGGGACACCUUUACGGCAAUUGGUCGGAGAAUCCGAAGAGUGGUGUGAUCUUUUUCACUAUAAAAGUCAGAGGGGAUGGGUGAAUCACAACUCUAUCCACCAUGACGAACAAAAUUCACUCGAGGGUGGGACUGUUCGGGCUCGUAGCUCUCGCGGGGUCUGUAGCCGGAUUGGAGAAUGGGGUGGCGAGACUUCCGGUGAUGGGAUACAACACCUGGAACGCGUUCCAAUGCAACAUCGAUCAGCAGCUCAUGGUCACCACCGCGAAACUGAUGAAAUCGCUCAAGCUUCAAGAGGCGGGGUAUUCUUUUGUUAACAUCGAUGACUGCUGGGCGGAAAAGAACCGGUCCAAGAGUGGAGAUAUGGUUCCCGAUAAGAUCCGGUUCCCGUCUAUCACGAACAUGACGAAUGAGAUCCAUUCGCUGGGAUUAAUGAACGUGAACAGUACAGUGAUUCGGGCUGGUUCACGUGUGCUGGAUAUCCUGGGUCCUUCCAGAACGAACUUCGAGAUGCCACGACGUUCCAAAAUUGGGGAUUCGACUACUUGAAGUACGACAACUGUGCGAUUCCGUACGAUGAUAUCAUCGAGGAGGGUAUGAUUGGAACUGUGAGCAGAGUAUCAACGGAUGACCGAUGCAUUCGCCUCACUCGCAAAAUCGAGCGGGAAACCGCCUUUCAUCUUUUCGCUUUGCCAAUGGGGAUGGAGCCAAGUCUGGCUGUGAUUGGGGUGCCACUAUGGGCCACAGUUGGCGUGCAUGUUACUGGCGAUAUUGCACCCAAAUGGGACUCGCUUGCCGCGAUCAUCAACUUUAACUCGUUCAUCACAGCAAGCACUGAUUUCUUCGGCCAUAAUGAUAUGGACAUGCUUCAACUCGGAAAUGGAGGGUUGACUUUUGAUGAAGCGAAAUCGCAUUUCACUGCUUGGGCCUUGAUGAAGAGUCCCCUUCUGAUUGGCACGAAUCCAAAGUUGUCGACCAUCACUCCGGAUAUCCUGGAAAUUCUCACUAACAAGGAGAUUAUCGCCAUCAACCAGGAUCCCGUUGUAGGCAAGAGCAUCUCCCCUUUCAGAUGGGGCAUCAAUCCCGACUGGACGAGCAACAGCUCUUUCCCCGCUCAGUACUACAGCGGACCGUCUGAGAAAGGAACGGUGUUCAUGCUGCUGAACACGUUGAACGAACCGGCUGACAUGACCUUCAAUCUGACCGAGUCGCCCUGGAUCCGUGCGGGAAGGCAAUAUCAUGUCCGGGACCUCUGGUCGCACACUGACAACGGAACAGCCGUGCGGAAUUUCACCGCGCAUGCUGUCCCUGCGCACGGUGUCGUCGCGCUGCUGCUCAAGGACGCCGGGAACGAGCCCAAGGGGAUUUUCCCUGCGUGCUCGGUCUGGUUCCAGUGCACGGAUAAGAACGGAACGCGCGUCGGUGGUUGAAAAAUAGUCAGUGUACUCGUAUUUACGCUGUAGUAAAUUGUCACAUCCUGUCGUGUCGAACAAAUUGUUGUUAACAUUGAUCAGCUGACCGUA